AUGACGCCUUGGAUGAUCUCUCCAAACUCAGUGGUCCGCUCAUGUUGGGACUCCUUGGCUUGCAUUUUUGUGAUUUAUGAAUGCAUUAUGAUUCCUUUGGCCUUCUUUGACUUUGGCGAGUCCGCUUUUCUUGAUGUGGUCGGCUGGAUUGUGCGAAUCUUUUGGUCUGUGGACUUCCCCCUCUCAUGCUUCACGGGCUACGCCUUGCCGGGUGAGAUGGUCGAGAUGCGACCCAAGAAGGUCUUCCCCCACUAUGCAAAGACAUGGAUGUCUUUGGAUGUAUCAAUGCUUUGCGUUGACUGGGCGGAAGUCAUUAUUGGCGGGGGUGGUAUGGGCAGCCUGAACGCAGCUCGCAUGGGCAAAACUGUGAAGAGCCUUCGAAUGAUUCGAAUGAUGCGACUCUGGCGAUUGUUGAAUGUCAACCGCCUGCCUGAGAGUGUGAAAGUCCUGAUCCACCACUACUUCCAGUCAGAAGUGAGCCGCAUUGUCUUGGACAUUUGCAAAAUCCUAUUGUUUUUGGUUUGGAUCAAUCAUGUGCUGGCAUGCUGCUGGUAUGGCAUUGCAGAUUCAAUGACACUGGAGGAUGGCAGUUGGCUUCAAAAGGAACGUUUUCAAGACCAGGAGUUUGCCUUCCUCUAUAUGACAUGCUUUCACUGGAGCUUAACUCAGUUUGCUGGAUCCACCGAUGUUUAUCCAGUGAGUGUGUAUGAACGUACUUUCGCAGUGUGUGCAUUGGUCUUUUGCUUCAUCAUUUCUGCGUCGAUUGUCAGCAGCAUCACCACCUCAAUGACCCGGCUGUCCAUUGCAAGAUCAAAGGAGACCACAAAGCUAGCAGCGCUCAAGGAAUAUUUGCGAGAGCACCAUAUAUCCAGCCGUACUGCUUUGAGAGUGCAACGCAAUGCGCAGUAUGCCUUGGAAGAACAGAAGAGGCAUACACCCGAGGAAGACAUUGAACUCUUGGCCUUCCUCUCGGAGCCUCUGCGAGUGGAGCUUCGCUACGAAAUCUCCAUGCCGGCAUUGAGGAGACAUGGCUUCUUCCAGACUCUUGAUCAGGAGAACCCUGCUGUCGCGAGGCAGAUGUGCUACAAGGCCUUGGGCAGCAUGAUGAUCCACAAAGCCGAGAUCCUUUUCGUACAAGGGGUGGAGCAGGUGAAUCAGAUGUACUUAUUUACUGACGGGAAGCUGUCCUAUUUCAGAGAUAGCUCCGUUGGAAUUCACACCAAGGCCAGCAGUCAGAGAACAAACAUCGUUCGCAAAAAGGACAAGAUUACGAUUGGGCAAUGGUGA